AUGGCAAAUGCAGGUAAUGGAGUCGUAAUUGAUAUUGAUAAGUGGGAGAGUUAUAAGGAUAAUUCAGGGUCGACGGCUAUUGAUAUCUCGGUAACGAGAAUAGAUGGUAGUACAUACACAUACAAGGUUCCAGACGGAUACACCGAGUUUGAGCACUCCAUAAAGCCAGAGGGAAGUAAUCAAAGAUCCUUUACUAUUUUGGCAGUAAAAUAUGGAAAUUAUGGAAAUAUCUCUUCCAUACAGAAGACUCCCAAAGUAACCAGCUUAUCCGUCUACUACUGGACGCAUAGUCCUGGAAAGACCAAUCCCCUUUUAAUCAAGUUUGUGAAGGCAGAUUCUUCAACCGAACUUGUUUGGUAUGAGAACAAGAGUACUAAAGAUGAGAGUAAUACCAACUGGAAGAAGAUUGAAAGCCCCUUAGAUAUAAGUAACCUUUCUACACAAGCAGGUUUAGAAUCUAAACUGGAUAUCAUAAACUGUGAGAUGAACAACGUGGUUCAGAUAGAUAUUGGAAGAACUGCUGAGGUUCCUUAUUGCCACAGUGAACAGGCACAAAAGAGAAUAAAAAUUACACAUGAGAAAAGUCAAAGUUUUGAAGGGUUAACUGCUUAUGUACAUUCAACAAACAUGGACAAAUACUCAGAAGAUUCUACAUUUACAAUUUCUGAUUUUACAAACGGCAUUACACAAACUGGGUUUGAUACACCAAUCUAUCAUGUUACUAAAGUUGUGGCAUUCUUGCACGGCAACAGUCCAUUAUUGGUUUAUAUUCUCCCUCAAAAGGACUGGUACAGAAGAAAUUCUUCCCUUGAAAACCAAAAGGCCUGGGGAAAGGUGGAGAAACUAAAAGACAUGGAUCCUAGUAACCAGAACGAUGAUAUUUGUAAAAUACUUGAAACGCUUGGUAUACUAAGAGGUGUAUGCUCUAAAAGUGAGAAUAAAGGGACAAUGGUAACGGAAGGUACUAUAGACUAUUUGCAUGCAAGCACAAAUGGACAUCCCCAGGGCCAAAAUAUCGUAGGUUACGGAACAGAUGGAUAUUCGUCUCCUUCGCGAGCUUCAACCUCUGGGCCCGGAGGAACUUAUAGUGGACAUACACAGUCUACGGUGGGAGUGGGUAGUAGUAAUGGAACAUCAAGCAGUACCUCAGGAGCAAUUACUCCGACAAGCGACUCUAAAAAUCCCAGUAAAUCCCUUAAAAAGGACGAAGGUAUGGGAUAUCUUUACCUAUUACUCCUACUUCCAACGUGUGUUCUAUUUUGUUUAGUCAUUUAUUUGGCCUUUUCACGUUUUUGUGUAAGGAUGACUUGA